GUGGCGCUCAAAGACAGACGUUUGUGGCGCCGGCACAUAGACCAGCUUAGGCACAGGGUUGGGGACUUGGGCACUACCGUGGUGCCCCCAACUGCGCUCGUGGCUCCGGAACAGACACUUACAGAUGGUGAGGCUCCACCUACACCUCUCUCACAAACUGAGGGCGUGGAGCCGAACCAAGCCACCACAGAGAGUCUGCAGGACUUCCCACAGACUCAGACCACUGCCGUGCCUGACAUUCCGCCAACUCCACUUGCAGAGGUUCCACCUACAGCAGCGGAUCCAGGGGACUUGGUUUCAAUGCCACCUAAGGUCGCGCCACAGCCUCAGCAAGAAUUGGGCAGUCCCCCAGACUUGGGUACCGGUCCCCUGCAGUCUGGCAGAGUUUCCAAGCACCCAACUUAUUUAAAGGACUAUGUUGUUGGACAUGUAACACUGUUGGUCUAA